UGAGAGCCCUGCUCCUUCUUAAGCGUCUGUGAGUCAAGCCAGGGCUGGAUCACCAGCCUGCCAGCCAGCUGUCCUGCAGAGCUGGGAGAGGAGCCGGGGAGCUCGCACCUGCAUCCACACCUCCACCAGCCCCACAACUCCAAUGGCCGACCAGCUGACGGAGGAGCAGGUAGCCGAGUUUAGGGAGGCCUUCUCCCUGUUCGACAAAGACGGGGACGGCACCAUCACCACCCAGGAGCUGGGCACUGUCAUGCGGGCCCUGGGCCAGAACCCCACACAAGCCGAGCUCCAGGGCAUGGUGAGCGAGAUCGACCGGGACGGCAACGGCACCGUGGACUUCCCCGAGUUCCUGGGCAUGAUGGCCAGGAGAAUGAAGGACAGGGACAACGAGGAGGAGAUCCGGGAGGCCUUCCGCGUGUUCGACAAGGAUGGCAAUGGCCUGGUCAGCGCAGCCGAGCUGCGACAUGUGAUGACCAGGCUGGGAGAGAAGCUGAGCGACGAGGAGGUGGACGAGAUGAUCCGGGCGGCAGAUGUGGAUGGGGAUGGGCAGGUCAACUACGAGGAGUUUGUACGCAUGCUGGUCUCCAAGUGAGGGGCGGGCAGGUGCCAUAGCCCAGUCAGGCUGCCCUGACUCUGCUUUGCUGGGGAUCUAUCUGCCUCUGGCUGCCUCAAGAGCCUCGGGCCUCGCAUUGCUUCCUCCACCCACCAGCGUCCUCCAGCACUGUUUCUUCUUGGGCAAGGUGAAGUCAGGCCCUGUUUCUGCAUCUCACUUUGUUUCCUGUUUCCUGCCAACCUCCCCAACCCUGUUCUCACCCAGCAUGACACAGGCUGCUGCAAGCCCAGCAAACCUUGGGUUCUCUAUCCCUCAGGAUUAGAAGGAAAGUGAUGGCUCUCUACAUGGACAAUGAGCAGAAGGAUCAGUAAGUUGUGACAUCACAGAGUCCUCUGGGCCAGGGACCUAAAAGGCACUUGGCACUGGGACCUGGGCAGCUAUAGCCCUCAGACUUCAUCUUCUGCAGGUGAAAGAAAUCUCACCCUAGUGUGAGGGUGAUGACAGAGACUCUGACAAUGGAGACCAGGCCUCCUGAGAAACAACAGCACUUCCCUUCCACAGGGUGCCCGCCCGUUCCUCUCUGUCUUCGCCAGACCUCUGUGAUUCAUCUUUUGAAGGUGGGAGUAAACCCAGAUUCGGUUGUGACAUGUCUGUAUUCAUCUACUUGGAGGGAAAUUUUAAUGAAAGGGAGAGGGAAGCUCAGGGGGAAUAAAUAAAGUG